GCGUGUUUCUAGAUUUCCCGCCAAUACAUUCAUCACUAAUCACAUCAUUUUGACACACAAACAAACACACACACAUCCACACAGAGAGUUUGAAUCGGAGAUAUGGAAAUGGAAUCGGAAGAUCUCGGAUGGCUCGAAGCAGAUCUAGACCUCCAUGACGACUACAUCGACGAAGAUUUCGAACCACCACUACCCGAAGAAGAAGCAUCAAUCGAACAAGUAUACGAGCAUCACCAACCGGAACCUAUUACUAAACCUGAUCUAUCAAUUCCGGAUGAUCACAUAACCGAUUUGGAAACCGAAACAUUGCAGCCGAAGAAGCGGUUACUAAACCCUAGCUUACUCGAUUCUGCUAAUGUUGACGAUUCGGUGGAAGAUAAGCGGUGUAGAGUCGAUUUAGGUGUGAAUGAAGCUGACGAUGAGUGGAUGCGGUAUUCGCCGGUUCGUGAAGAAGCGGCGGACGUUGUCGAAGAUGUUACGGAGAGGUUUAUUUCCAGAUUUGCGACGGAUAUUGAUGGAGAUUUCAUGCCGGUGACUGCACCGGAUGGCGAUAGGGUUUAUGCGAAGUUAGUUAAGGAGGAGGUUGAGGAUAAGGUGAAGAAGUUGGAAGUGAAAGGGCGGUUUGAAGGUCUUAUGAUGGAACCUAUAAGUGUUUUAAUGCAGAAGGUGGAACAGAAAGAGUUGCAAAAGGCUUUGGAAGCGAGUGUUUCUACUCAGAUUGAUACAGAUCUUUUGGAAACACCAGUGGUAACUGAACAACUGUGGGUCGAUAAAUAUUCUCCAAAUUCGUUUGUGGAGCUUCUCAGUGACGAACACACAAACCGAGAGGUUCUCAUGUGGUUGAAACAAUGGGAUUCUUCUGUUUUUGGUACUGAAGUCAAGAGUACGACCGAUGACGUUUUGUCUGCUUUAAAAAGGCAUUCCUCUGUUUCUCAACAAAAAAAAGUUUAUAACAAGAGUAAUUUCGGGAGGAGCAAAGAAUUUGUACCUAAUAGUGGAACGUUUGGAGAACGCAAUCACUUUAACAAAGAAAACUAUGAUUCUCAUGCUAUCCACGAACUUCAUAACAAGAAGAUCAAGGAUUCGGGCCCACCAGAACAGAAGAUUCUUCUACUAUGUGGUGCGCCAGGGCUUGGGAAAACAACACUUGCACAUGUGGCCGCCAGACAUUGUGGAUACCGUGUGGUGGAGAUUAACGCCAGUGAUGACAGGUCAUCCUCAACAAUCGAAACCAAAAUUCUUGAUGUGGUUCAGAUGAACUCUGUCAUGGCUGAUUCAAGGCCAAAGUGUUUGGUAAUUGAUGAAAUUGAUGGAGCUCUUGGUGAUGGAAAAGGCGCAGUGGAUGUCAUUUUAAAAAUGGUCGCUGCUGAUAAGAAGUCUGACACUGGGACAGAAAAUAAUAUUCAAUCAGAACAAUCCGGAAAAACAUCCUCAAAGAAGAAGAGAAAGGACACACCACUUCUAAGACCUGUGAUUUGCAUUUGCAAUGACCUAUAUGCACCUGCCUUGAGACCGUUGCGUAAUGUGGCAAAGGUUCAUGUGUUUGUUCAGCCAACAGUAAAUCGCAUCGUGAACAGGCUAAAAUAUAUAUGCAACAAGGAAGGAAUGAGGACUAGUUCUGUUGCACUUACUGCACUGGCUGAAUACACCGAAUGCGACAUACGGGCAUGCUUGAAUACUCUCCAGUUCCUCAACAAAAAGAAGGAAAUGCUCAAUGUGUUGGACAUCAGUUCUCAAGUGAUUGGUAGGAAAGAUACAUCAAAAAGCGUGUUUGAUAUAUGGAAAGAGGUUUUUCAAAAGAGAAGACUAAAGGGGGUAAGGAAGUCAAUUGAUGGCUGCAGAAGCUCGUUUAACGAGUUUACUUCUCUGCACUCUUUGAUCUCCAAUUGUGGCAACUAUGACUUAAUAUUAGAUGGGAUCCAUGAGAACAUUCUGCAACUAAAUUAUCAUGAUCCCGUGAUGAAAAAAACUGUCAAGUGCUUGAACAAUCUUGAGAUCUCUGAUAUACUUCAUCAAUAUCUUAUGCGUACACAAAAAAUGUCUCUUCUAGUUUACCAGCCUGCUAUUGCAAUCGCCAUACAUGGUGUGGUAUCUCAAGUUGAAAAACCUAAUAUUCAGUGGCCAAAAUCUUUUCAUAGGUAUAGAAUGUCACUUAUUGAGAAAGUGGAGGCAUUGCACACGUGGCACAAUAAAAUAUCGCCAUGCAUCUCAAGACACAUAUCCACUAAAUCAUUCGUUGCAGACCUGGUUUCCCCGUUAUUGCAUAUUUUGUCACCGCCGACGUUACGGCCGGUGGCUUUACAUUUACUAUCAGAAAAAGAGAAGAAUGAAAUGGCUCAGCUGGUGAGGACCAUGGUGUCUUAUGCGAUAACAUACAGGAACAAAAAAGUUGACCCGUUACCUGGAAAACCUAGAAACCAAGCCUCAACAGACAUCCAAAUUCUCUCAUUUGAUCCCCCGAUUGGCGACUUUGUAAAUUUUGAGGGCUACAUCUGUAAUUAUUUCAUGCUUGCCUCAGCUGUGAAGCAGGUUUUAUCUCAUGAGGUCGAAAAGCAAAGGAUACUACAAAGUAGCAUCAACAAAUCAAAGGACGAAAAUGAAAGAACAAAUCUUUCCGGGAAAGAGAAAUCUAGUAAACCUGAACAUGCACCGGAAAACACCAAAACUAGUAUCAGCAACUUAAAGAAUUCGUCUGCUCCAAACAGGGUUACUUCUGCUCCUGCUAAUACUAUAGUCUCUGCUACAGCGUCCGGUAGAAGUGCCACGUUAUCCAGUGAGAUAUCAAAGCCCUCAGAAACUACUAAGAAGAGAUCAAGUGGCUCAUUCAACUUCUUUGACAGGUUCAGAAAAACGAGCGCCAACGGUUCUCAAAUGACUGAAACUGUGAAAAAAGUUCCAGCAACAUCGGAGAGGGAUUCACGUCCGGUGUUGUUCAAGUUUAACGAGGGAUUCACAAAUGCAGUUAAAAGGCCAGUUCGAAUGCGUGAUCUUUUAAUGUAACAUUCGGAAUUCUGCUAAUUUUGAUGGUUCUUUUUCUACUUAACUACUCUGAAGUUAUAUAGAAGUUCACUUGUAUCUAUUCUUGCUAUGUGUUUUAGAUCUUAAGGCAUGUUUUGUAAUCCCAUUUUUAGAAUUUAUAGGGACAGUAAUUAUGAUCA